AUGGCUGCUAAUUUUUGGGAAUCAUCACAUUGUACUGAAUGGUUAUUAGAUAGAAAUAAAAUUGAAGAAUCAAAUCCAAAAGAUAAACAAUAUUUAACACCAAUAGAAUUGAAAAAGCUUAGAACUCAUUAUUGUUUUGUUAUUCAAAAUCUUGGUAAUGCCUUAAAAUUAAGACAAAGAGCAAUAUCAACAGCAAUAGUUUAUUUUAAAAGAUUUUAUUUAAAGAAUAGUUUUGUUGAUUGUGAACCUAGAUUAGUAGCAGUUACAUGUUUAUAUUUAUCAUCAAAAGUUGAAGAAUGUAUAACACAAGCAAAGAAAUGUGCAGCUAAAAUGAAAGAAAUCGAUCACAGUUUUAAUUAUUUAAUGAAUGAUAUAUUAGAAUGUGAAUUUUUUGUUUUGGAAGAAUUGGAUUUCUGUUUAAUAAUUUAUCAUCCUUAUAAAAGUUUACCAUUUUAUUUACAAAGUAGUGGUUUAGAUCCAGCUUCGAUUGAAAUCAUAUGGGGUAUUGUAAAUGAUAGUUAUAGAACUGACGUUUGUUUACUUUAUCCUCCUUUUGUAGUUGGAUUGGGUUGUAUAUUACUUGGUUCUUAUCUACUCAAAAAAGAUAUAAAACAAUGGUUAUCAGAAUUAAAUGUUGAAAUGAAAGAUAUUUGGGAAGUUUCAAAAGAUUUAAUAGAUUAUUAUGAAUUCGAAAAACAACAAUCUUUACAAAAUCAAUCUGAAUUAGAUUUAUUAUAUAAUAAAUUACCAAUUAGAAAUAAAAAAUAA